UCCCUCUCAUUCUCAUCGUCCUAUCCUGUUGCUAACGUGCGCAUUCCCACCUCGGCGAUGGGCGUAAUACGCCACCACCGUCGUCGCGAACAGCACUAUCAAUAUCAUUGGUUACCAACCUUCACCACCUUCACUUUUCUCUUGUUCUCUUCCACUUCAGCUAUAGCUGCUCUCACAUCACAACCCAGUGGGGGAGCAGUGAAGCACCUUCACCGGGAAGAGAAGGAAAAUGGGUUGGCGGCGGCUCCGUUGGACAGAGCGGUGGCGGAUCAGAAGAGGUUUGGCGGACCUGGGUCGUCGCCGCCGUCGUGCAGAUCCAAGUGCGGAUGGUGCAGCCCUUGCCAACCGGUUCACGUUCCGGUUCAGCCGGGUUUAAUCAUACGGCUUGAGUACUACCCAGAAGCGUGGCGUUGCAAGUGUGGGAACAAGCUUUUUAUGCCUUGA